AAUUUUUUACUUUCUGGACCUGGGUUAUCCGCCUCUAGUUUAUGUAUAGGAAAUGUCCUCCCCUGCUUCUGAGGGUUUAGGGAAUGUUCUUCUCAGUAGGAGCAGAGGGCAGUAAUGAGGCGCUGAGCGCUCAGUGAGUCAGAGAAGAGGAAGAUUUAGCGGAGGGAACCCGCGAAAGCCUGAACUGUGAACUGUGAGAGAAUGGCGUCUAGAAAACAAGUCCUGAAAACCGCCUCAGAAGACUCUCAGAACUCAUCAUCUAGAAAUGACUCCAGCAGUGGCAACAACAGCGGAAACAAUAGCGGAGCGCGAAAGAAGACCAGACCAUCUGGAACAGUGGUGAAGUCUCGCUACAUGCAGACUGAAAAGAAACCGUCUGUUUUAAAGAGUAAUGAGUCCAUCCUUGUGCCACCAAGACCUGCUUCACCUAAAGCAGGUGGGGUCCAGAAACUCAGAGUUAGUGCUGCUGCACCAAGACGAUCCUUAUCUGUACACACUGAUCAGAACCCUACCUCAGUUAUGCCCAGCAUUUUAGAGACUUCGAGUUUUGGUGGAAAUAUCUUGCAGUCAACAGCGUUGGAUGAUCACUGUUUGCGCCCAGACUUUGAUCUCUCAGUUAUUAAAGAAAAUGUAGCAUCACCACGUUCAGCGGACCCCAAGGCUCAGAAAAGGAAUCUGGAAUUGGAGACAUUCUUGCUGGCCUUUCUCACUGCUAAGAUCGAACACAAUACUCAUAAGCUAAAGGAAGAAGCAGAGAGGAACCUCCUUAUAAUGAUGGAGGAAGAGGAAAAGUUGCGCUCCAAAGUCAUGGAUAUGAAAAGGCGAUACCUCCUUCUUGAAAAGCAAAAACAGCUCAACGAUUUACUUGACCUUCAGGUCACAGCACUGACUCCUCUGGCCACAACUGCGAAGCACUUUACGGAGGAGUACAAGGUGUUUGCCACAGCAGUAGACACUACCCGGCAUGAGUUACCUGUGAAGAACUUGCAUGUUGAGGAAGACCAUGGAAAAUUUCUAGACAAAGCGGUUGGCUGUCUAAAACAGAGUCAGCGUGCCUUGGAGAAGUAUGCAAAGGACAUUCCAAGAGACAGUGAAAGCAAUGCUGAGUGCCUAAAAGAGAUAAAAAACACAGCGCAUGAGGUUGACCAGCAGCUGGUCAGUGUGUCUUCAGACCUGUUGGAGCUGUCUGCACUAGUGAGCAGGGAGACCGUGUUAGCCCAGCAAUCCAUGGAAGAAGAUAAAAUUGGACUUGUUACAGCGCAGUCUCUCUUCUCAGAAUGAUGUUUCUGUUUGUGUUUGUAUAUAUGUGUAGUUUGUGUAAAUAUGCAGUAAAAAUGAUCAUAUAUAAAAUAAAUCUGAUACUCCUGAA